UAAUGGAAGAAAGAGCAUCAUCUAGGAGGUAUGUAUAAUUUAGAUUAUCAUAGUUUUUCAUCAGCAUCUUCAUCGGUCUCGAAUUUGAGUAAGGACAGAAGUCGAAGCAAUUCAAAAAAAAGAAAUUUUAAAUAUAAAAAGAAGUAAAUUAAGAGAGUCAAACACACUGUUGAAUUUCCUCCACUUGAUUAAUAGUUGCUCAAUUUUGAUUAAUUUUAAGAAUUAUAUGUAAUAUUUCAUAUGAAUGAAAUUAUAGGUAAACAAUGAUAUUCCAACAGAGAAAUUGAGACUUCUUUAUUAGACAUAUGAGAGGAAGUGGGAAAACAAAUAAAAGGAAUUAUUCUUUGAUUAACAUAAAGAUGAACCUUGGAUUUAAGAUAAAUAUAAUCCUGUAAAUAGAAGAGAAUUCUAAGAAGAACGUAAUUAAUUAGCAUAAAAUCGCUUCAAUGAAUUUUUGAAGUAAUAUAAUAUGGGAGGAUUUAACAAUAUAAAUUUAACAUUGACAGAAAUGCAAGUUAUGGAUCUCUUUGAAUUGAAUGAUCAUUUCUAUAAUGAUGAUCCAGAUGUUCCUUUUUGGGAAUUUUAACUCAAAGGUAUAUUUAUAUAAAUACUAUAUAUAGAAUCUGUUGAUAUAAUCAAAGCUCCAUUUUUUGGAUCAGAUCCAAAUUAAAAUAGUGUUUUUAUUAAGAAUGUACCUUUACCUCUUUCUAGAGCAGAUAUUGUUAAAUCCCUUUCUUAAAUGGGUGGUUAUGUGAGUCUAACAUUAUCAGAACCUAAUAAAUUAUAGAAUUAUACUAGAAUUGGUUGGGUUAGCUUUGAUGGAGAAGAAUAUUGUAAUCGUUGUGUAAAUGAUGAGAGUAUCACAAUUAAGGGACAUGUGCUUUAAUUUUAAAAAUAAUAAGAGAAGAGGUAGAAUGCCAUUUAUGAUUUUCAAUUAGGAAAUUUGUUAGAGUUUUUAAAUCAGUCGAAUAUAAUAAAUUAUUGAAAGAUUUACAAUAAUAAAGAGAGCUUAUAAAAGUCUUAGAUAAAGAAAAAGGAAUAAGUGGUAAUCCUCUCAUUGAAGGACCACUCAAAGAUAGAGAUGAUCCAACAUUCAAUAGAUAAUUAGAUAUACAAACUUUAUAUUUGAGAAGAAUACACAAUUAUUGUUAUUGGAGUGGAGCUGAAUUCUCUGACUAUAGAUUACUUGUCUCUAAAGUAGGCUAUGUAAGUGGAUUUAUAAUUAAAUUUAGCAUUUCUUCAGAUUAGACUAAAAAAAGAAAUGCAAUCUAGAGUGGUAAGACAUAAUUCAAGCUCUAUGUAAUCGUCGUAGAGAAGAGAGUAGUGAUGAAUUACCAUUAAGUGAAUUAAUUGAUAAUGAAAUUAUACAAAUGGGAUUGAAAUUAAGAAAUACUCGUUAAAAAGAUGCUUAUCCUUGUAUAUUCUGUGAAAAGCAAUUCUAAGGUGGAACCUUCUUAAUUAAACAUAUAUCUCUUAAACAUGAGAAAUAAUAUUGGGAACAUUAACAAUCUUUAAGAUAAUAAGUAAUUGAUCAAUAGAUGGCUACUAAUCAUAAAAUUGAGAGAAUCAGUAAAGCUACUAUAUAGAGACAGAUCUUUUUAAAAGGAGCUAUAGAUUAAGCAUAAUUAUAAGAAAAUAAGUAUAUAUUGAAUACUAAUUCUAGAGUCUAAUUACCAAUUAACUUUGCUCCUAGAGUCUAAUAAAGACAAUACAAAGAUCUUGAUUCAAUUGCUUAAGAUAAAACUUAACCAGCUAUUAUGUUUUAAAUACGUGAAACAAAAGUGAAUUAUAAUGAUAUAUGAA